CGACGCUCGCUCUGCUGCUGCAAGGAUCGCGACUCUCCCUGCGAAGGAAGAGGAGAUGACGUGCAUGUGGACGCGGCCAGCGCUCAGGCAGAGUGCCUCAGCUCAAACGAGUGAAGCCGCAGCACCACGCUGCGUGCCGCGGCUGCUGCUGCUGGCCGGCGCUGCAGAGGGGCCUGCGCCCAGAACGUCUCGCCGAGAGCCCAUCGCCGGAGAGGCAGGCCACCGGCACGCGUGGCUCGCUCAUCAGCGCGGCUCCGCGCGGCUCCUCAUCAAGUGCUAUCAGCGCAGCGAGCAGGGUACAGUGCACGGCAGCCGCGCUGCACGAUCAGCAGCACUAAGGCAGGCCGGCAGCGUCUGAGCCAUCUCGGAUCGCCCUGCCGAGGGGGCUCUCCUCGCCGGCGAUGAGCUGCACGGCCAGCGCCAUCGAGCGCAGGCGGCCUGCCUCUUCCGUCUCUUCCUGGUGGCCGAGCACCGACGAGCCGCCGCAGAGAGGCAAUCGCCCAGCAGAGGAAGAUGGUGUUUGGAGUUGCGCAAACCCGAGCCUGCCCGAGGCGAGCACAUCGAUCGCAUGGCAGGCCCCACCUGCUCCGUCCCUUCAGACUGCACGCUGGUCCUCAAAGACGAUCCCCUUCCCACCUCCUCUCCAUUGCCACCCUCCUCCCUGCCUCUCCCUCGUCACACUCCAGCGCAACUCGCCGGCUUUGCCUCCAUCUGCGAGCGCUCGGCGCAUUUCUCUCGUCUCUGAAAAGGCCCGUAAAAGGAGAGCGAGCGUGCGCACCGCAGCACUCAACGCCACACUCCCGCCGCCGCCGCUCCGCUCCGCCGCCGUCGGCCUCGUUCCUCCCGCUCGUCGGCUCCUCGUUGCUUCUCUCUCUCCGCCGAGUCGAGCACUGCUCUGGGCCGCCAUGGAGAACAACACCCUCUGCGCCGCUGGCAGCGCCAUCGCCGACACGGCCGUCUCUGCCUGCUCGUCGACGGAGGGCGCCGCGGGCGUGGCCGCCGUGGCGACCGCAGCGACGACGCUUGCCGUCGCUGCAGCUGCUGUCACGGCGCUGGCGUCGGACAACGACGCGAGGCACGACAAGGCGCAGGAGCCCCACGACGCCGACGACUCGGAGCAGCCGGCGCUGACAUCGACCGGCCGUCCCGUGCGUGCCGCUCGCCUUGCGGCUGCGGCGGCCGCGGCUGCGUCGAAGCGGGCGGAGCUCGAGGCAUCGAACCGCGCCAAGGGCGUGCGCCGCACGCCGGCACGCAAGACGGCCAAGCCCAAGGCUGCCGCAAAGAAGGGCACUGACGACGACGCGACCAACGCCUCGGCAUCCUCGGCCGGCGGUCCCUUCGCGCUCGUGCCCAGCCAGCCGAGCCGCAAGCUGCCGUCGCAGCAGCUGGGCGACGCCGAUCGGCACUACGGCUACAUGCCCACCCACGAUGCCCAUGGCGUCUUCUACCCGGGCUCGGCGCAGCCGUUUUCCAGCGCCUACCGGCCCACCGCCGGUAGCAACGACGACCUGCUCUCCGGCGGCUCUCUGCUCUCGUCGUUCAGCCAGCAGACGCACAAUCCCGAGGCCAUCGCGGCGCUGCGCAACCUCAAGGCCUCGACGCCGCCGCAGCGCAACUCGUCUGCGUCGUCGCUCUCGUCGCCGGCCACCUUCAACAUGACCGACGCGCAGCUCCUCGGCUCGUCGAUGGCGCUCGACGAGCACGGCGACCCCGACGCUCCCGAGGACGCGCAGCACCUCGAGCCGCUCGGCAUCAUGGGCGCCUACGGCACGCCGUACGGCCACCUCGGCCGCCUGCACGACGGCCGCAUCGUGCAGCUCUACCCGCCCGUCGAGCGUGCGUCGCAGGCGUGCGAGCUUUGCCGUCGCCGCAAGGCCCGCUGCUCCGGCGGCCUGCAGUGCGAGCGCUGCAAGAAGGGCGGGCACACGUGCGUCUAUGCGCAGAUCGACCGUGCGCGUGGCGUCAAGGAGACCAAGCCUCACGACCAGCUGCUUGCCGACUCGACGGGCGCCAAGCUCGCCGCCGACGCGCGAGUCUCGACGCCGCCGACGCAGGUCUCCGACGGCGCCACGCCCGACGCAGCGAUGCACAAGAGUCCCAACAAGACGAUGUCAUCGAUCGCCGCGCGCGGCCGUGGCAAGAAGGCGGCGCUCGGCCUGCAGACGGCGUCGACGCGCACUGCCCGGCCGCCGCCGCGCUCGGCCGGCAUUGAUGCAUCGUCGUUCCUCGAGGCACGCGAUAUCGCGCCAAUGCCGCACACGGCGCACGGCGGAUACUUCACCGGCCUGGAGGGCUUCGCUUCGUCGAGCAGCAGCGCCAAGGAGCACACGCAGACGCACACGCACGCGAACAGCUUCUCGUCCGUGGCCUCCAACGAGGCUCCCAUGUACUCGCCGAUGCAGCAGUCCUCGGGCGGCUUCGUGCACGACGCAGUUUUCGCCGCCGCCUCGCAGCAGCACUCGCAACGCCAGCACCAGGAGAGCUCGCUUCAGCAGGCGCACUACCAGCAGCAGCGCCAGCAACAGCCGAUGGCCGCGCCUACGUCGACACGCCCUCUGCUGAUGCAGCAGCGCCACAGCUGGCAGGCGCCAUCGUCGACGAGCGGGCAGCAGCAUGCCUACUACGCCACCAGCACCGGCUACGAGCGGCUGGACAGCAAUGGCUAUUACUUCCAGCAGCCGCACGCUCAGCAGCCGCACGCUCAGCAGACGCAACCGCAGCAGCACACGCAGCAACAGCAGCAGACACAGCUGCAGCAGCAGGUGCAGGAGCACGUUCCCCAGCAGACGCACACGGCGACCAACUACCAGUACUCGACGUCGGCGCAAGUGCCGAGCCAGACGUCGACGAGCUCGAGCACCAGCAACCUGGCGCACAUCUACUCUGCCCAGCCGCACCGCAGCUACUCCUCGUCGUCGGUCGCGCAGCAGCCCUACCACCACGCUGCGCCUCAAUACGGCCCUGAGUCGCUCUCCGCCGGCGCCACGAUGUCCGCUCGCCCGAUCCAGAGCUCCACCUCGCAUGCCGGCCACCACGAGCAGAGCCACGGCUCGCACGGCCACGGCUCGACGGCGCCCGACGGCGGUCCCGCGACGUUUGAGCAGCUCGAGACCACGACGUCGAGCGCGCGUGGCUACCGCGACUUCGUGCUCGCUUCUUCGCCCUGAGCUCGUCACCGUCUCGAGGCCCGUGCCUCCUCCCGUCACCGUCGCGUUUCUGUGCCAGUGCUCCGUCUGCUCCACCUCCCUGCGCUCUCUCGCAACCUGUACACUUUGCUCCCUCUCGCGCGCUGUGCCUAGCGU